GCAGUGACAUAUUCGUCAGUCCACUGCAAGUGGAAGUGCCAACACCAGUACGUAGUAGGCAGUAGCACAGCUACAUCCCCGUAAUUCCUGCCAUCGAGCUCGAGGCCGGCAAGCAAUCUCCCGAAGCUAUCAAGCCAUGGCGCCUCGCAGCCGGCUCCUCGACCUGGAGAGGCACGACGUGCUCUUCUUCUACGGCGACGGCGCCUACCACCACCACCACCAGAGCGACCGCGUCAGUGUGGCGACCUACGGGAUCGUGUUCUGGCCCGUCUUCCUCGUGGCCGCCCUGCUCCUGAAGCUCAUCGUCCCGUUCCCGCACGCCGCAGCCGCUGCCGUCUGCUGGGCGCUCUACGUCGCCUACUGCUUCCUCCUCAACCGCGCAGCGCAGGCGAGCAGCUCCAGCUCCUCCGCCGCCGUGCCGCCGGCAGAGCCCUCUCGCCCCACUACUCGGGGCAGCGUGGCAGGCUAUAUGAUCGAGCAGAGGUCGCAAUGAUGCUAUAUGAUCGAAAUAGGGCCUCAGCUGACAAAUCAGCCUGGAUGUAUAUGUAAUCUGGAUUCGUUUUAAAAAUAUAUAUGUAUGUAAUCUGGCAACUCUUUUCAGGAAUAUGAAUGGUUGGUUUUCUUUCA